AUGGCGCGAGCUCGCACUGAACGAGACGUCCGUCUGCCCCAGGAGCGACCUGGCCGGGCGGCAGGGGGAGGCAGCGGGACAGGCGCCGACGCCCCCGCGCACAAGCCCGAGGAGCGCCACCACGGCCCCGGUGAGCCCGCCGCCAGCAACCUCAAGCAGCACAUCCUCAACGUGCACGCGGCUCACCACCUGGCGCACUCCUGCCCCGUCUGCGGCAAGGCGUUCAAGACGCGCCAGUACAUGCAGAUACACAUGAACUCCAUCCACGGCGUCAAGCAGAGGCGCGACCCCCCCGCCCCCGCCCUGUCCGCCGACCUCUACACUCACAGGGCGGCGCUGGCGGGCGGGGCGGCGUUGGGCUACCGGCCGCAGUGCCCCCUCUGCGGCCGCGUCUACUCCUCCACCUCCAACCUGCGCCAGCAUAUGCUCAAUGUGCACUCGCAGACCGACCGCGACCAGUGGUUCCCCUGCCAGCACUGCGGCAAGUGCAAAACCAAGCACUACCUCAUCAACCACCAGCUGCAAAAGCGGCGCGGUGCGCGUUGGCACACGCGGCGGGGCGGCGGGUGUAGAGGGCGGAGGGUGGUGGCGGGCGGGGUGGGCGGGGCGCGGCUGCAGUGCCCGCUGUGCUCGCUGCGGCUGCGCUCGCCGGGCGGCGCGCGCGCGCACCUGGCGGCGCACUACCCGCGCGACAGCCCGGUGUGCCCGGUGGCGUCGUGCGCGCGCCACUUCGCGCACCCCAACUCGGUGCGCAACCACAUGCGCAUCAAGCACCGCCGCCAGUGGGAGAACAUGAAGACGCUCAAGUGGAGCUGCGGGGGCGCCAACUGA